AUGCCCGUCACCGGUGCAACUCCUAAGCUCAGUAAGGUCGGGUUGGAAGCCGAUCAGAAAGAAGCCAGUUCCAAGCCAGUACCACCAGAGAGCAAAGAUACGGCCAAACGUCGGGAGAAGGUCAGGAAACGGCUGACCCUAAGGAACGUCGGGGCAAGAAGAGUAAAACCCGUAUGCAAUAGGGCGUAUCUUCCAAUGACCGUUGUCGAAUGGAUAGAGGCUUCUCAAGAUGCCUGGAUCCGGCGACUGGCCUCCAACAUCCGGGAGUUCGUCUACGAUCCAGAAAACGGGCUCGUUUUCGACCGGUGGUACCGGAAGUGCGAAGACCUUUUCCUCAAGGACGGAGCGAAGUUGGACGAUGCGGCGAAAGUGCGGUUGCUGCAAGCGGUACCAGUGCUUCCAGCUAACGAAGCACGACGCGGACGACUUAACGUACUAACGUACGCUGGGACGGUCAACCGAUGCUGUGAAGACUUCGAGCUCAGCAAGAUCACGGCGAACCAAUUCAAGAGCCUGAUUUUUACCUGUGGGCUCCGAUCGUCGAAGGACGCAGACAUCCGAACGAGACUCCUAUCCAAGCUUGAGGCUAACGCGGCGAAUGAAUGCACUCUGGAAUCACUCAUCACGGAGUGCCAACGUCUGCAAAACCUCAAGCGCGACACGGCCAUGGUGGAACACAAGAAAUCGGUGAGUACAAUCUGCGCAGUCAAGCAGAACAAGCCUCCACCGAUGGCACCGAGUUCGAAAGAGAAGAAGAAGACGAAGUGCGAAGGUCCAAAAACAUCCUGCUGGCAGUGUGGCGGAAUGCACUACGUCCGGGACUGCACCUACACGAAGCACGUUUGUCGGGACUGUAAGCAAACCGGCCACAAAGAAGGGUAUUGUGGCAGCUACACAUCGAAGGAGGCACUCAAGAUGAAGAAGCACGUGAACGGAAUUUUCUCCAUCAACCAGGUCAGCUGCACUUCUAGACGGAAGUUCCUAACGGUGGAUAUCAACGGGUCUCAAGUCACUCUGCAGUUGGACACCGCGUCCGACAUCACCAUCGUUUCGAAGAAGCAGUGGAAGAAGAACCUGGGCUCGCCAACGCUGACUCCUACAACACGGACUGCCCGGACUGCGUCGGGUGACGCUUUUCAUCUACUUGGUGAACUCCGAUACCCAAUCAAACUCGGAGGUGUCACCAAAACCGCAACUUUCUACGUGACCAACAACAGCAUCAACCUGAUCGGUCUGGACUGGAUCGAGCUGUGGGACACCCCGCUAUCUGCAAUCUGCAACCAGGUCCACGUUGCCGAUGGUCAAGUCAAUCAAAUCCAAGUGUACAAAGCUGCGUAUCCCGAAGUGUUCACGAAGAUGAAGGUCCGACUCUAUCUCAAGCCCGAUGCCAAACCCGUUUUCAAGCCGAAGCGCCCAGUCCCUUUCACGUCCAUGGAGAAGAUCGAUGCGGAGCUGGACCGACUUCAAUCGCUGGACAUCAUCACGCCUGUCGAUUUCUCGCAGUGGGCAACUGCGAUCGUCGUACUCAAUGGGCGCCGGUAUUUCAGCGUCAUCGACCUGAGUGACGCCUAUCUUCAAGUGGAAGUUGACGACGACUCGAAGCAGCUGCUCACAAUCAACACGCAUCGAGGUCUCUUUCGCUUCAACCGGCUCACACUAGGAGUGAAAUCCGCUCCCGGGGUUGAUGAACAGCAUGGUUGCCGAUCUCGAAGGAGUGGAGACGUUUCUGGACGACAUCUUCGUGGCCAGGAAAACCGAAAAGGAGCACCACAAGAUGCUCAACGCACUGUUUCAACGCCUUCAAGCGGUUUCGUUCUGAGGGAAGAAACGUGCAACAUUCUGCAGCCGGAGGUAAAGUAUUUGGCGCACAUUGUAGGCGAGAACGGUCUCCGUCCAGACCCAUCCAAGGUGGAAGCUAUUGUCAAGAUGCCACCGCCCAAAGAUGUCACAACUCUACGCUCGUUUCUUGGUGCGGUGAAUUUCUACGCGAAGUUUGUCCCGGAGAUGCACCAACUGCGGCAGCCACUCGACGCGCUGCUGAAGAAGGAUACCAAAUUUGUUUGGAACAGCGAGUGCCAGAAAUCGUUCAGGCGCUUCAAGGAAGUACUCCAGUCGGAUUUGCUUCUGACACACUACGAUGCAUCACUAGACAUCAUAGUUGCUGCCGACGCCUCGCAGUCCGGAAUCGGACGAUAUGCCGACGUACUGUCCCGCCUCAUCAACGGUUACAUCAAACCAGAGGAGGAUUUCAUCAUCGCAUCGAUUCAACUGGAAGACGACAUCGAGAUUCCACAUUCGAAGACACCGUCCAGGGUUCCGCUACAGUCGUGGCCACUCGCUCAAUCUCCCUGGGAGCGUAUCCACAUCGACUUCGCCGGCCCAAUCAACGGUCUGCACUUCCUCAUAGUGGUGGACGCCUUCACCAAGUGGCCGGAAAUUCGCAUCGUUCGAUCCCCGACAACAUCAGCAGUGACCGAGUUCCUCGACGAGCUGUUUGCCCGUUUUGGCGUUCCCAACUUCGCUGUUUUGUGCAGGAAGAACGGCAUUCAACAUUUCCGGGCAUCGCCGUAUCACCAAUGGCCAGGCGGAGAGAUUUGUGGACACCUUCAAGAGGACGUUGCGCAAAAUCAACGAGGGGGAAAGUAUCUCGGAAUCCAGACGUUCCUCCAGGUCUACCGAACCAAGACCGAUCUACCGAUCAAGACGGUUCUCGAUCUCCUGCAUCACCAACAACCGAAGCCAGCGGUUCUCAAUCAACGUCAAGACGAACAGUUCAACCGGAAGCAUGGCGCAACUCCUCGUGGCUUCCGAAAAGGCGACAUGGUAUAUGCCAAGGUCUACCGCAGCAACACCAAGUGGCAGUGGGCAUCCGGCGUAAUCAUCGAGGUCAUUGGUCACGGGUCAACCACAACGUGCUACUGGACGAUUGGCAUGGACGGAAGAAACUCAUCAGAUCGCACUCCAACCAGCUCAAGCAUCGUUCCAGUGAAGCAACAACCGGCGCAGCAGAUUCCACACCACUGGGUAUCCUGGUGGACAUGUUUGGAAUUCAAUCUCCUGGACCAGCAGUACAGCCCGCUCAACAAGGUCAAGCCGAGCAACCUCAACCUCCAACGUCCGAUCCCAGGUCCAGCCACGAACCGAGGUGCAAGUAGUGCCAGCGGUUUUCCAACCAAGAAGUCGAAGCAGGUUCCAGUCAGCUCGAUGAUGUUCCCGAACGCGGUCGCAUCCAGACCGAUCAACCAGAACCGGAGCAUGAAGAAGAUAACCAGCCACCUAUAG